CGACAUUAUUGUUUCUGUAGCUUUUAUUAACAUCAUGGCCAAGAAGGGAAAGUCUGGAAAGUCAAAGAAGGGAGGAAACAGCAAGCCUGCAGCGCCGAAGCCCGAGGUAGCACCUGUGGUUGCUGAGGAGGUGAAGCAGCAGGAGCUGCAGGUUGAGGAGGCUGUUGCUGAGGAGCCGAAGGUCGAGGAGACUGUCGAGGAGACUGCCGAGGAGACUGCCCCUACCGAGGAAUCGAAGGAAGAGGCUGCUGCUCCUGCCGCUGAGGAGCCUGCUGAGGUUGAGGAGCCUGCUGAGGCUGAGGAGCCCGUCAUGGCCGAGGAGUCCGCUAAGGUUGAGGAGCCCACCAAGGCCGAGGAGCCCACCAAGGUCGAGGAGCCCGCCAAGGCCGAGGAGCCCACCAAGGUCGAGGAGCCCGCCAAGGCCGAGGAGCCCACCAAGGUCGAGGAGCCCGCCUUUGAGAUCCCGUCACUGGGUAAUGUGGAGGCGAUCGUCGCCGCCGGUGCCCCCGCUCCCAUGCCGAUCGACCGCUCGGAGCCUAAGGCCGAAGAGGUUAAGGCCAAGGAGCCUGCCAAGGUUGAGGAGCCUGUCCUUGCUGUCGAGGAGCCCGUGAAGGCUGAGGAGCCUGUUAAGGUCGAGGAAGAAGUCGCUGCUCCUGCUGUUGAGGAGCCCGCUAAGGUCGAGGAGGUCGCUGCCCCUGUUGUUGAGGAGCCCGCUAAGGUUGAGGAGCCCACUAAGGUCGAGGAGCCUGCUAAGGUCGAAGAGCCCGCUGCCGUCGAGCCCGUGGUUGAGGAGCCUGUCCCUGCUGCUGAGGAGCCCGUGAAGGCUGAGGAGCCCGCUAAGGUCGAGGAGGUCGCUGCCUCUGCUGUUGAGGAGCCUGCUAAGGUUGAGGAGCCUACUAAGGUUGAGGAGCCCGCUAAGGUGGAAGAGCCCGCUGCCGUCGAGCCCGUGGCCAAGGAGCCUGUCCCUGCUGCCGAGGAGUCUGUGAAGGCUGAGCCCGCCAAGGUGGAAGAACCCAAGGCUGAGGAGCCAGCAAAGGCCAAGGAACCCGUGAAGGAGGAGCCGCACAAGAGGACGGGACACGGCGACAAGCCGCCGCGCAAGGGCCUCGUCAACAGGCUGAUCGACUUCUUCGGUGGCAGGAAGUAAGCUGCUCGCGCUCCGAACAAAAAAUGUUUCUAGGUCCUUUUUAGCUCUCGCACUUUGUUUUUUUUUUCUUUUUACCUAAACCCCUCUCUAUGCUUGUGUAUAGAC